AUGCGGGUCCCCCCAGCACUCGUCGGCCUCGGCCUCGCCUCCCAGGUCCCCCUCCAGCCGUCCCUCAACUCCUCCACCAUGGCCGCCCCCGGCUUUGCCUUCCAGCAAGGCCCCGACCUCUUCUCUCCCAUCGACCUCGUCCAGCUCCCCCGCCCCGGCGCCGGUGUCGCGAACCCCGCCGGUGACCUUGUCUUCGUGCCCGUAAGCCAGUACUCUCUCAAGGACAAGAAGGUCAGCAAGUCCAUCCACAUCGCCGCCGUCGAGGGCGAGGCCGUCCCGCUCGACUUCCCGCUCGCCACCGGCGGCGAGGCCUUCUGGCUCGACGACCGCACCCUCGCGCACGCCGUCACCGAGGGCAAGGACAAGGACAAGACCAUCGCCCUCUACGCGCUCUCCGUUAAGGUCGAGACCCCGGGCAGCAUCCUCCCCGACUCGCCCGUGCUCAUUGGCUCGUUCCCGACCGACUCAGCAACCAAUUUCCGCUAUGCCCCCGGCGCCGGCGUCCUUGUCUUCUCGGACUACGUUCACGCGGAUGGCGACUUGAAGAAGGCCAAGGAGCACGAUGCUGCAUGGGAAAACCGCGGCGAUACGGCGUUCGUCUACGACGAGACCUUUGAGCGGCACUGGGACACUUGGGUCGGCCCCAAAACGACUUCCCUGUUCAGCGUGAAGCUCGCGAAGGGCAAGGACGGAAAGUGGACGAUUGGGACAGAGUUCACGAACUUGCUCCAAGGCUCCGGACUGCAUUGUCCUGUCGAGCCUUUCGGUGGCACCGACGACUUUGACAUCAGCGACAGCAGCGUGAUCUUUACCGCCAAGGACCCUCAGCUCCCCAAGGCAUGGCACACGAAGCAAAACGUGUACCUCGUCCCCCUCGACGGUUCUGCUGCACCCCAUGAGAUCACUGCGGGCAAGUUCGGAGCGACGCACGCCCCGGUCUUCAAUACUGCAGGAGACAUGGCCGCGUGGACCCAGCUCGACAGGGACGGUCACGAAUCCGACCGCGCGAAGCUCGUCCUCUAUGACAUCAAGAAGGACGUACGUUUUACGAUCACCCAAGGCUGGGACCGGUCGGUUGGUUCCAUCGCAUUCGCCCGCGACGACAAGACGAUCUUCGUCACCGCCGGCGACCACGCCCGCAUCAAAAUCUUCUCCCUGCCCGUGCCCCCCACUCCCUCCGCCUCGACCGCGACCCCGUCGCUCUCCGCCGAGUUCAGCGCCCCGCGCGCGCUCACCACCGCCGGCGCCGCGUCCGCCGUGCAGCCGCUGCCGAACGGACGGCUGCUCCUCACGCGCUCGUCGCUCACGUCCCCGAACGACGUCUUCGUCCUGCGCGGGCUCGACUCCGCGGGCGCGCCCGCCGUCGACCAGCUCACGCGCUUCGCCGCGCCCGCGAUGAAGGGCAAGGCGCUCGCCGAGGGCGAGGACUUCUGGUUCACCGGCGCGGAGGGCAGGAAGGUGCACGGCUGGAAGAUCAAGCCGCCCGGGUUCAAGGAGGGCGAGGCGAAGAAGUGGCCGAUCCUGCUCCUCAUUCACGGGGGCCCUGAGGGCGCGUGGGAGGACCAGUGGUCGAACAGGUGGAACCCGAACAUCUUCGCUCAGCAGGGAUACUAUGUGAUUGCCAUCAACCCCACUGGCUCGACGUCGUUCGGUCAAGAGCUCACCGAUGCCAUUGCCGAAGACUGGGGAGGCAAGCCGUUCGUCGACCUCCAGGCAGGGUGGAAGUAUAUUCUUGAUACUGUGCCCGAGGUCGACCCAGAACGCGCGUGGCUGCUGGCGCGAGCUACGGCGGUUACGCUAUCAAUGCGUUGCAGUUGGAUCCAGGGCCACCCUGAGUUCGGCUUCAACUUCAAGGCACUAGUGUGCCACGACGGUGCAUUCGGCGCGCAAUACCACGGCUACUCCACCGACGAGCUCUUCUUCUUUAACUACGAGUGGGGAGGACGGCCGUGGGAGGCGCGGGCGAAGGAGGUGAUCGCGAAAUACGACCCGAUCAACUUCGUCGACAAGUGGUCGACGCCGAUGCUCAUCAUCCACGGCAGCAAGGACUACCGGCUGCCGGAGACGGACGGGAUCGGCGCGUUCCACGCCCUGCAGCAGCUCGGGGUCCCCAGCCGGCUCGUCAUCUUCCCGGACGAGAACCACUGGGUGCUGAACCAUCAGAACAGCAUCAAGUGGCACUACGAGGUCUUCCGCUGGCUCGCCCAGUACUCCGGGAAGAGCGAGUAG